AUGCAAUCAAAUCGAUGUUCAAUUCUCUAUUCGACUCCUAUCAAUCAAGUAGAAUUGUUACCAUCGAAUCAGACUCGAUUGAGAACAAACAAUGGCAUGAGUCAAAUCUUCGAUGCAGUAGUCGUAGCAACAUCGCCAACUGUCAGUCAAUUCUUCGAUUUUGAACCGCGCAGAGAUUUUAUUGCGAAAUAUUUGGCCUUGCGUCAAAUACACUACACUUGCUCCUCGAAAAUUCUUCUCUUUUUCAACACAUCAUGGUGGUUCACCCGAGAAAAUAUUCGAGGAGGCUCAUCAAUAACUGAUUUGCCUGUUCGUUCUAUUUAUUAUCCAAAAACGACGAUUAACCAAACGGAUGGUGGAACUCUUCUUGCUUCAUACACAUCCUCACAAGAUUCGAUAAUAUGGCAAUCACUUUCUGAAUCCGAUGCUAUCGAAUUAGCAUUACAGCAAUUGAUAAAAAUUCAUAGAAAUUCAUCGGAUAUGCGCAACUAUUUUCAAGGUGGUAAAGUGAAAAAUUGGUGUCAAGAUCCUUAUGUACGUGGAGCUUAUGCGUUUUUAACUCCAUUUCAAGAGACUGAACUUGUUGAAAAGUUAGAAGUACCGAUUUCGAACAUUCAUUUCAUUGGCGAAUAUACCAGCUUUGUUCACGGAUGGGUUGAGGGUGCUCUUUCAUCAGCAAUACGGGCAGCUGAGGCUAUUACAACAAAACCUGGAACGGUGCCACCCACAAAUGGCAUUCAAAAUAUAUCAAUUAAUUUUCUGACUCUCAUGUCUGUGUUUUCAUAUUGCUUUAUUUUUGAGAGAUCAGAAGACUAUAUCAUUUAGAAUGUGAGAAAUUAUGUGCAUGAUCGAAUUUCGAGAUGUAUGCACAUACAAUAUACUAAACUACAGUAUUUUCAGGUUAUUCCUAAUGUCUGAUUCAGUCAAAAAAAGUGAAAGUUUGAUUUUGACAGAGUGAAAUCAAAGUUUUUGUCAUUAAUGUUGAUGCAUUUGACGUAAAUACCUUUCAACUAAGUGUAGUAAAUAUGUUUCUUUUAGAAUAAUGAUGAGGGGGAAGGUUCUAUGUCGAUACUAGACAUAAGAGGGACCGAACGUUUUGGCGUCGGUUAGAAAAGUAAUUUAGUCCUGUUCAGAGACGUGAUAAAGUUUCGCCAACAAAAGACAAUAUUAUUUCACUGUUAACACGAAGUUGUCUCGCUACUAUGCUGCAAUCUCUAUAGUUGUCAAGACUUUCCUUGUAGCUUUAUUGCUUCAUUCGUAUUGACCAGUAUUUUGUAAGUUCUGAGUGCUUAUCUGUUCAAUAUAACCCUUGUUUAUCGAAAAGGAAUGAUAGUAUAGUUUGCCAAGGUUCACCUGUCUACUUAAGUCACAGUUGGUCACUGUUGUUGUCACCUAGUUUUUUUUUUCUAAAAUCUAUGUUUAGAUCGAAGUUUUCUUGAAAUUUGUUUUAGUCUUACUUAGUAAAAGAGUAACAUCAGUCUUUCGGAUGGAUUCUUCACGAUAUUAUACGCAUGUUGUCCGAUGAGAAGGGUGUGGGUGUCGGGAAGAGCAUCAAAUAUUCAUAUCCCCACCCACACCCUUUUGUUAUUAUUUCUUUUGUAGACAGAUAAUGUAUGAAAAAUGAGGAAAAGAGUUCAAGCAUGUGCUACUGGUCAAAUCUCAUUUUCGUAACCGCCUGUAUCAAAAGAUUUCAUAAUACGAAUUGGCAAACUAUCAACAUGUAGAUCUACAAAUACAACUGUGGAAAUAGAAUAAUGAAAGGAGCACCAUG